AUGUCCUCCUACAAUGUCUCGCCCUUCACUCGCGCCGUUGUCUCCUCCAUGCGCCAGCUCUAUCCUGAGUCUCUGGCAGACAAGUCCUUUGACAACACCGGGCUCCUGGUCGAGGCUCCAUUUGUCCCCGCCCACCCCCGUAACAGAAACUCAGUCCUCCUCACGAUCGACCUGACUCGCGCUGUUGCCGAUGAAGCAAUCGAAAACAACCAUUCUGUCGUGGUCUCAUACCACCCUAUUAUCUUCCGUGGUCUCAAAGCAAUCACUACCGAUGACACUCAGCAAUUGUCCAUGACCCUACUACUGGCUCAUGGUAUUAGUGUCUACUGUCCUCAUACCGCCGUUGAUCAGGUCCCGAAUGGGAUGGCAGACUGGCUGUGUGAUGUCGUGACGGGAAGGCUCGACUCUCCCGAGGUGGAGGCAUAUACCGCUGGUCAGAGCCCUCUUACCUCAGCCCCCUCCGACACUGAAGUUACUACCUCGGAGUCCGAAGCCGACCUCAACCUCAAUGGGCGCGCUGAAGAUGGACACUCAGAUGCUUCCACCAAGCCCACCUCUCAUUCCGACGCUGUAUCCGAUCCUUUCGUUGAACCCUCACCCACCACCCCCAAACCGAAGGACCAGGGCAAAUUGCGACGUCUCCGUCCCAGCGCCGCUCAUAGAACCUACAGCAAGCCAACCUACCCUCGACCCACUUCCAACUUCCACCCGUCUGCUCUAUCACAUACCAGGACGGUUGUCACCCCGUCGCCCAGAGAUGCCAUCGACGCUGCAAACCAGUUCACCGCCUCAUCGACUUAUAAUACCUCCAACACUGGCGCGGGGAGACUCAUUACCUUUGAUGAGGCGCAGCCUUUAACUGUCUUGAUUACAAGGAUAGCCCACGCCAUUGGAUUACCAAAAGGAUUCUCCGUGGCCAUUCCUCAGGGUCAAGAUCUCGAGAAGAUCUCGAUCAAGACUGUGGGCACCUGUCCCGGAUCAGGUGGUAGUGUCCUACGGAAGUGCAAUGCCGAUCUGCUCUUCACGGGCGAACUGAGCCACCAUGAGGCCCUGGCUGUCACGGAAAGAGGUGGCUGUGUUAUCAGUCUUUUCCACAGUAAUUCCGAGAGAGGCUACUUGUGGGGCACCAUGAGGGAGAAGUUGGAGAAGCAGGUCCUCCUGGAAUGGCAGAAGGUCAAAGAGGAGGAAUCGAAUAAAAGAGAUGUUAGUUCUGCGCUGACAGAGGUGUUGAAUGACGAUGAUAUUGAGGUUGUGGUCAGUCAACGAGAUAGGGAUCCUUAUGGAAUUGUCGUUUUGGAUGAGACGUUGGUUGAAGGCAUCAAUCUUGGGUCGGCUUGA